AUGCCUCCACUGAUCACCCAUAUUUACACAGCCGAUCCCUCGGCCCACGUCUUCAAUGGCAAGAUCUACAUCUACCCAUCCCACGACCGCGAGACAGACAUCCAGUUUAACGACAAUGGCGACCAGUACGACAUGAACGACUACCACGUCUUCAGCCUCGACUCACUGGAAACGGACAAUCAUGAGGUCACAGACCACGGCAUCGCGCUCAAGGCAGAGGAUGUCCCGUGGGUGAGCAAGCAGCUCUGGGCGCCCGACGCAGCCUACUGUGCCGCCACGGGCGAGUACGUUCUCUUCUUCCCUGCGCGGGACAAGAAGGGCAUCUUUCGUAUUGGGAUCGCUACGUCGGAUAAGCCUGAGGGGCCCUUCCGGCCCGAGGAGAACUAUAUCCCCGGCUCGUACAGCAUUGACCCGGCCGUGCUGGAGAGCAAACCCCCAUCGGCCUACCUGUACUUUGGCGGGCUGUGGGGCGGCCAGCUGCAGUGCUACCAAAAGGGCAACGACACGUUCGACGAGGCCUGGACGGGCGCGCAGGAGCCCUCGGGCCCAGGAGCCGCAGCCAUGGGCCCGCGCGUGGCCAAGCUGAGCAGCGACUUCAGGACCCUAACAGCCCCCGCGCAGGAGGCCCAGAUCCUCGACCCAGCGACGGGCCAGCCCAUCGCGGCCGACGACCACGCGCGGCGGUUCUUCGAGGCGGCGUGGUGUCAUAAGCGGCGGGGGCGGUAUUACUUUAGCUACAGCACCGGGGACACGCAUUUCCUUGCGUAUGCGAUUGGGGACAGCCCCUUGGGGCCGUUUACGUAUGCGGGGCGGAUUCUGGAGCCUGUGCUGGGGUGGACGACGCAUCAUUCCGUGGUGGAGUUCCCGGCUGGGAGUGAUCGGUGGUGGCUUUUCUAUCAUGACUGUGAGCUGAGUGGGGGCGUGGACCAUCUUCGGAGUGUGAAGGUGAAGGAGAUUUUUUACGAUGGGGAGGGCAGGAUUGUGAGUGAGAAGGCUGUGGUUUGA